GCAUAAUUUGAUCUAAUUUACAAGGAAGUAGAGUUUUCAGUUGUUGCACUUUUUCUUUUGUUUCUAUAAUGACUUGCAGUCUUUCUUGUUUCCCCACUAGAAUUCCAAGUCGGUAGCCUUUGUAUUAGCACGUAGUGAGGAUAUUAUCUUUUAGUUUUUUGGCCAUCGUGAACAUGUUAUCCAGACUGCGUGCUUUUUACUCUUGAACUAGGCUCCUCCCCCCCCUCUUUUUGUUGUGAUCUCACUUAUGUUAAAUAGAUGCUGAGAUUCGUUUUUUCAAUUCAUAGGCAUGAUUUCAAUAAAUUAAAUUAUACUAGCUUGUUUUUGAAAAUUUGCCCUUUAGGGGUCUUUGGGGUCUAUAUUCUGCCCAAUGAUGGAAACUCAUUAAGUGGAGAUUGCUUUGGUUUUCUCCGUGAGCCUCCAUGCUUUCUUCCACUCAUCAGUUUUAGCUGCUGCUGUUGCUGCUUCUUCAUCACCAUCAUCUUCUUUUUUCCUAUUUCUUCUUCUUCUUCUUCUUCUUCCUCUACUUUUAUUAUUAUUAUUAUUAUUUUUGCUACUACUACUACUGAUGAUGGCGGUAGAUAUGAUGUGGAAGGUUUGCAGUGAAACCAUAAGCUUCAAAAUCAAUGAACUUUUAUUGCUAUGAGAUCUGAGGGCAAUGUAAUUAAAUUAAAUGAGACAUCCUUAGGCAAUGUAGUUCUGUUGUUUGUAAUUAAUAGUUCAAAGGUGUUGGCAUCAUAGUCUUGGAGCAUUUGUGACAGUAGACUUUAUUCCAUUCUCACAUAGUUCUAUAUAUAUAUAUAUAUAUAUAUAUAUCUGUGUGUUCUAUUCUUUCCUUUGUUUUAUUUUAAUGUUGGAUCUGCCCAAUGAUGCACAAAUGAACUACAUGGAGUGGUUGCGUGGUUAGUUCAUCAGUAGUCUCUAUGUACCACCUCUGUUCGUGUGUGUUGUGUGUGUUUUGGUGGUUGCCUGUGCGUGUGCAUGUGUUUUGGUGGUGGGUAAAGUCUUCGUGAUGAAUCCCAUUAGCAUUUUACCACGAAUGAUCCUAUCUAAGCUAUGAGAUCUGAGGGCAUUUUCUUGUUUCUUAUUUUUGAGGCUUGUGGUCCUCAUCUGAUUUCAACUACGUGAAGCAUAAACAUAAUGUAGUACUGUCAUUACCAUCAAAUUUUCUGCUAUGCCAGCCGUGGUGAUUAGCUGACCCUGUUUUGGGAAUGCAUGCAGGAUGGGAAUGAAGAAACAUUAUGGAUCACAUCUCAUUGAACCAGUUGGCAGCUUUUGAUCUCUAUCUGUUCUUGACUACCUACAUGUGGCCUCUCAUUCUGUUUCUUGUUCGGUGGAAGCAAAGUCAGGAAACCUGCAUGUAUGGUGAUUCUGUGAAUAACAUUAUUGAUGCAAUGGUUUUGAUAAUGCUUAUACUAGUAACCUGGAAAUGGUCUGGCUCCCUUUGGCUUACCAAAAAAACUAGUCUGGGAUACAAUCAAUGGAAUCCAAGCAAUUUCAAUCUCGUUAAUAUUUUGCGCUAUUAGACUUUUUUUUUUUUUCUUGGAUGUUGGUUGCAUAAUGAGAGAUAAUUAUUUUUUAUUUU